AUGUUUGCCACAUCAGUAGAAUACCUGGGCCUCCGUGUGCCCCAGCUCCUGCAAACAUAUAAGGAGGAGUUCGGCUCACAUGGUGUCAUCGGGCUCAACCUUUUCCUGAUUCUCCUCUUGCUCCUGUUCGGGGCUAUCCAUCUGCGUAAAAACGAUGUAAGUGCGCGCCGCCAGUAGACUUUACUUCUUUAUGUAAUGGUUUUUGACGCGGGACUGUCAGCCAGGCUGUGACAAACUACUAACAAACUGUCCUACUGCCCACAAACAUGAGAACUAUAGCUGCAGUGGCGCUGUCCUUUUAGCACCGCGGAGUGACUACCACUAAACUGUCUAGCCUACCUGUUAGACGAGCGCUGUCCAGCGACCUCAGCUCUCCAUAUAAAUGCAUGCGCUAGAUCUUCAUUUGUAGAUCUACUUUCUAAUUUCGCCAUUGUUUGCCAUGCAGAAUUUAUAGAAUGUAUAUUUCAAAAUCCUUAUCUUAUACACCCAUGUAUUUUUAUUUUUCAACAGGAUGAUGUCUUCGGCGAGAUUCACCAGUAAGUUUCAUCCUUCAUAAUUCAUUGUGAAUUCAAAGGGAUCUUUCAUAGCUCUGAACUCAAUUUAAACCCAGUCUGAUAUUUUCUCUUGCAGAGAGCUGGUCAAUAUGUUCACAGAGGGAGUGCAGCUCAACUACAGAUACCUCCAACACCUGGAGGAACUGCUGGACAUGAAGAAGUUACAGAUAGACGACCUCACCUCUCAGGUGGACCUGGACUGCUGCUCUGCCUCUGAGUCGUGCUCUGACUCAUGCUACCCAAGAUCAUCUUCCAGAUCAUCUUCUAGAUCACAUUCUAGAUCUUCUAUACCCUCCAGAUCUAGUGACUGCAGCACAUGCCAAACCUGUAAGAAACGGCCUCCACCUGACAGGUUUAAAUACCUGAAAGGCUGUAGUCCAGAUAGUCAAGAUAGACCCUGCCCUCCGGUUAGUCCUAGCCCAGUGGGUAGUCCUAGCUCACAGGCCACACCCUGCCUCCAGCUACCAGGAGGUCGUGAUGAUGAGGACAGUUAUCAUGGCUCCACGUGCUCCUCCCAUAGCUCCUCCUGCAGCUCCUCUAGGUACGUGUCUCCUUCUGACUCCCCUCUGCCCCUGGAAUACCAGCCCAGCCCUCGUCAGCCUGCUGCUACUGGUUGGAGGCGAAACUGGACUCUGAUGGAGACCAAAGUGGACUCUGUGGCUAUUCCUGUGGCAGCUCCUUCUACUGUCACGUCCCCUGACGGCAAAGACAGAGCUGCUGACCUCACAGACCAUACAGACUGCUCCAAGACCACUCCAGACCGUGCAGACCAUUCCAAGACAACUCCAGACCGCUCCAAGACUCCGACUGUGAGACAGAUUCUGACGGUGAGACAGCUGUUUGAGGUAGUGCCGAGGAAAGCAGACCCACCCCUCCUGCACUGCUGGCACUGCAGACGCCUGGAACUCAACGUGACGCAGAAGGUUCUGUAAAAAUUUACUGUUAAACUGCGUCCCCAAUGGGACCCUAUUUCCUACAUAGUGAACAAUAAAGGAAAUAGGGUGCCAUUUGAGAUACAACCACUACUGUUUUUUAAAAUGUCUGGGUGAUGAGUUGUUGGUUUGGUGUUUGUCUAAAUGUACACGUUUGUGAAAAGUAACGUAUUCUCGGAAGACAAUAAAUAGAAUCUAAUCGAAUCUAUAAUCUAAGGUCGCCCGCAAUCGCUGGAGGAUUGCCGUGCUGAUGAUCUCCAUCGUUAGGUGGCUGCUCGCCGAGAGGCUGAAGGGAGGAGGCACCACCAGCUCAACCUCCCCCCCAACCAACACCACUACCACCCACUCCAACACCUCAACCACCUCUCAGGCUAAGAAAGGAUCCGAGAUCAUCAGGAAAACUGUCAACAUGCCAGCCUUCUGUCCACAGGGUGUAAACCCUCCAUUUCACUCCCAGGCUCCAUGUCAGUCUCCAGGGUCGGAGCGUAAACUCAUUAUAAUGUACGCUCAGGGCGCCAGGGUCCCCUUAAUUUCCCAGGAGGUCCGGGAGAAGCUGGAGUCUCACAUCUGCCGCAAGCAGAGCCAGCGCCUCUGGGGCUUCCCCAAGUUGGUCACCAGGUACGUGGGCGACCUCACGCCCCUGCAGCCCCCCACCUCCUGCAGCAAAGAAGACAGGAAAAUCAUGGGCAACAUGACUGACUGCCAGGCGGUGUUCUCUGGACGAGUUCUCAACACAGAGUUCAGGUUGAAGAACAAGACUACCAAGCCAGCGGGGGAGCCGAAGGCUACUGCAGCUGUAGCUGCAGCAAAGGACAUCUCACCAGCCAUCAGACCUGUGGAGAAGACUACCACCACCAGCACCAUGCUCCAGCCAGCCGAGACCCAUGCUACUAAACCACCCCAGACCAGACCCUCUCUGAACCAGCCCUCCGCUGUGAUGACCUUGACCCCGGAGGGACAAUGGCUGGAGAAGAAGGUGAGGAGUAAGUGUAUGGAGGUAAAGCUCAAACACUUCCCUGGCAUGGUGGCCCAGUCACACCACUCCACCCUUGCCUGGGCAACCAGCCAGCCCACCAGGAAGCCCACCCAGGUGGCAGAAGCCUCCACUGUUGUUCGGAAACGCCCAGCCCCACUCAGACAGAGGGAUAAGGUAUCAUUCAUGGACCAGGGGGAGAUAAGGCACCUUGCGGACAACCUGAUCAUGAAACACAUGGAGCAUCUUCAGAGGCAGGGAGUGACAACCCCUUCGACCCCCUUGGCCCACACCCAGGGAGUGACAACCGCCUCGGCCCCCUUGGCCCACACCCAGGGAGUGACAACCGCCUCGGCCCCCUUGCAAAGCUCUCACAGCCUGGCUCUAAAGACCUCGACCGGCACCGCCACUGUCUCACAUCCCCACCCUGCCCUCAUUAAACAGCUGGUGCUGGGGAGAGCAAGUGCUGGUGCUGGGGAGAGCAAGACACCGCAGGCUCCACAGCGGUACAAUGUGAAGCCUAGCUCAGCCACAGUCAAGGUGGGAAGACGCUGCAGCAUCAUCCAGCACUGA